AAGGGUGAGUGAACUGCCUCAUUGUUAUUUAUUGCAUUUGACUCUAAUAAUACAUUAAUUAGCCGUUUUACGGGUACAGUGAGUGCAAUAACAUACAUAACAGGUCGUGACAGCCAUGCCGAUGUGAGUAAUAUCAAAGGUGUGGCGCGUUGGUUUGGGGCGUUGUUUCUUAGUGUACCAGUGACGUUUAGUGUUACGAAAAAUAUUCCUACUAUCUCGUCGCAAAAUGACCGAGUACAAGUUAGUGGUGGUAGGGGCUGGUGGCGUCGGUAAAUCCGCAUUGACUAUACAGCUGAUUCAAAAUCAUUUCGUGGAUGAGUACGAUCCAACGAUCGAAGAUUCGUAUAGGAAACAAGUGGUUAUAGACGGGGAGACGUGUCUGUUAGAUAUAUUGGAUACGGCAGGUCAAGAAGAGUACUCCGCUAUGAGGGACCAAUAUAUGCGGACAGGGGAGGGGUUCUUGUUGGUGUUCGCGGUAAAUAGUGCUAAGAGUUUCGAGGACAUUGGAUCAUACAGAGAGCAGAUAAAGCGAGUGAAGGACGCGGAAGAAGUGCCGAUGGUGUUAGUAGGUAACAAGUGCGACCUUCAGGCAUGGGCUGUCGACAUGACGCAAGCGCGAGAGGUGGCGCGAAGUUAUGGUGUACCAUUCGUAGAAACAUCAGCAAAAACCCGUAUGGGCGUAGACGAUGCCUUCUACACUCUAGUCCGGGAGAUCCGCAAGGACAAAGAGAGCCGCGGUAAGAAAUACAGAAGAGGGAACAAACUCGGAUCCCGGCGUACUUUUAAAUGUACACUUAUUUAAAUUAAGAUGCUAAGUUUUAUGGAUAUUUCUAAUUUGACUUCGAUACUUUGGAGUUUCCCUUUUUAUAGCUCCCUUAUCAAAUGUUGAUAAUUUAAAAAUAUUGUAUACGGAGUGGUCUUAUUUAGCUCUGCAUUUGACGUUCUCAUGUCAUAAUGGUGCCAUUUAUUAUUAAGAAAGUUUUUCUUCAUUACACUCAAGAGUAAUUAAUGAAAGUUAUUAAAUUAAUUGCAUUAUCUUUUUUCAAAUGGAUAAAUAAAUAUUUGCCACUUCAAUUUUUAUUUCAAAUGCAGAAUCUAAAUAACACCUAAUUUGUAUAUAACUCAUAAAUAUAUCUUAUUUGAUCUUACAAAGUUAUCCAUCAUUAAUAGAAAAUAUCACAAAUACAUAGCGUAUAAAUAGGUAUUUUAUAAUAAAUUCCAAUUAAAUAUCAACUACCUACAAUGUUUGAUAACUUAGUAAAUCUCAACAAAUGAUAACAUCUACAAUCCAUUUCAGUUUAAAUUGUACAACAUGUUUAAACAAAUGAAUAUAUAAUAAAACCACUUGUCUGGAGUUAAUCUUUAAUACUUAUAUAUAAUUUAUUACAUCGACUCGACAUUGCAGCGACUAUAAUAUAUUUUUCUUCAAGUUAUUCUCUGUCUAAAGAAAUAAUACAUAAGUGUAUUAAUAUCAUUAUAUUUGAAGCACAAUUUACUUGGAUACAUAGCUUAGCAUAGCUGAUAUAUAGACGAGACGGAUUAUUCGAUGAUAAACAUAGAAAAUGAAUUGACCAGUCACAAUAACCACAAAAAAUGAUCAUGUAAAAUUUGAAAGAUAGUUUGUGGCCAAUAACAAUAACUGUCUUUGGUUAUAAUGGCGGGCAACAAUAUUAAUGUGUAGUUAGUAAGUUGCUAGCUAAAUAAAUAGAUCGUGAUAAUAAAAUAAAGCCUGCGUUAGCCGUAUUUCUUUUUUUUUUAAAUACUACACACUUAUUGGCCGCAAUCUCUUUUUCUUUAAUACUUUGAUUACUUUGCCGCCCGUAUUUACUUGAUAGCGGAACUCUCGGUCAAUUCAUUUCUAUGUAUUGGCGCAAUGUAAGUUCCUGAGGGCUGAGUCCGUUGCGUAGAAAUAGUUGAAAUUAUUUUAAAUUUUCUUACUGGUUACCAUCCUCAUUAUAAUAUGUUUAGACAUAUCCCUAAUAUGUUAAGACUACAAAUACUGCUAUCACUUUCUUAUGAGUAGUUUUAACAAGAGAUGUUAACUUUACAGAUUUAUUAUCUAUGUAAGUGGAUAAGUAAUGAAAAUUGUUUUCAACUCGUGUUUGUUUUUAUUUUGUUUACAUUUUGUAUAAAGUAUAUUGAAAUGGAUUAUUAUGUAAAGAUAGUUGAAAGAUUUUUUUUCGCGUAUUUUUAUACUACUUGAAUUUUUAAGAAGAGGGAUACCUACUUUCAAAUUAAUAGUUAUAAGCUUUCGCUAUUCAUUCAUACGUUACUAGAUAGUGAUAUAUCAAUUUAGAAAUGUUAAGUGCUGAUGAGUGCAGAUGUUAUUAGGUGAGUAAAAUAUAUAAGUGAAUAGACUUUAUUUUUAAACGCUUUUUUCUUCAUCUAAAUUUAUAAUAAAUUAUUUGACUAUGAUCAAUUCGUUUGCUAAGAUUCUCAAAAUAUACGUUUGAUCUUAGCAAACUAUAAUGCCACAGUGAUCGCUGCAAUCUGCAAUUUGCAAGAAUUUAUAACCUAAUAAACUAGUUUUUUUUUUUUUUGCUAAGUUUAAUGUUAAACUUUUUAGGUAUCACAUAUAUUGGAUUUACUGAGCCAGAAUUAACUCUAGGAUAUGCAAUUUUUACUCAUUUCUCUUUGUAUAAAACGGGAUUUAAAUCCACAAAAUAGAAAUAGACUAGCACAGAUAAAUAAUACAACCUAACCUAACAACUUCAUUGUGUCUUCACAGUUUUGUUUUAAGUCAAGUAUUUUGAAGAGGCAGGUGCUAAAGCCAUGGUUGUGCGCAAUCUUCUACUAAUAGUUCUCGAUUUCAGUUUACAUAAGAGGCAUCAAUUACAUUAUUUUAAGUCACUGCCUAGAUUUGUCUAUGUUUCGAACUGAUCUCGGAAACUUUGUAUACUUUAGGACAUUUCACACUUUUAAGUGAAUUAUUUAUUGCCAAUAGUUAUCCUAUAUGCGAAUCGCGUCCGUGUAACGAUAUAAAAUUCAAAUGCUUAUCGAUAAUUCACAGCUUACAUAAUAUUACAAAACUGAGUUUGUUACAUUCUCCGAAAUGGCAUGCAAUUAUUUUAUAAAUAUAUAAACCACUGUGUUGCCAUUUUAGAUGUAAUAAUCCGCCGAUGUUUUUUUAUAACAAACAAUAUUAUAUAACCUCAUAUAAAAAGAUUUUCGAAUACAAUGUAACGUAACUCCUUAAAAACAUUAUAAUAUGUAUGUUUCUAUAAUGUCUGUUUUGAAUAAAAAAUAAACGACUAAAUGGACGGUAAAAUACUACCAGCUAUUUUAUAAAUAAAGUAUUUUAUGACUAUCUUAAGAUAUAUCAAAUUCUUAGUAUAUUGCAAGAUAUUCGACGAAGUUUUAAUUCCGUAACAAAUGCACGUGGAGUUCUAUGAACAUGAUAUUGCGUUUCGGAUCAUUAAAAUCUCGAGUUAAUAUCUAGCGCCGCCUUUAUGCAUGUAACAUAGAAUUGUAUAAUGUAGAGGCAAACAGAUGUAUCUUAGUGUAUAAAAAGUGUUACACAAAAUGUAUGAAAUAAAUGUGCCCUGUCUGAACUAGAGGGUGAAAUAUUAACUAACAUCGGUAGAGAAAACAUGUUAAGAGAGUUAAAAUUAACAAUCAAAGGGCGCUAUUUUCAAAUUAUUCUGUUAAUCAUAUUUAAAAAUUACAAUUAAUAAAAGCAAAUUUCUGAUAAUACCCUCUAGCUACAGCGCCUUUUUGGCAAUAUAUGAAAACCUUAUUUUAUAUAUUUCGAUAGACACUUAUAUGAGAUACUUCGCCUUACUUCUACUGUGAGUACAUAUAAUCCUAAUAAACUACUCUUUGAACAAAUAUACAUUAUUCCUGAAUAGAUAUUAAUUAUAAAUUUUUAGUCAAUAUUAAUAAUAUGUAAUUAAUAGUUGUUCAGAAAUAAUUCAAAAUUGUUAAUAUAAGCAAAAAAUGAUGCAACAUAUGCUAGCUUCUCAUAUCGAAAAUUAUUGAAACGAUGUUUAAAAAUUAAAAAUGCAUUGAUAAUAUUUUAUAUUUUCUUAAUGUUUGUAAGUUGUUGAAUGUUUUCUAUAAGACUAGAAACCUAUACUGUGGACGGACUAGCAGCCACGAUAGUGUUAUGUAGAUAUCCUUGUCCCAUUUUAGUAUACUACAAAUGUCGUAGGGUUUUUGUCAGUUAGUAAUGUUCAAAAUUAAUGGAUUUCUUGAUAAUUUCACUAAGUAAAGUUAACAAAAUAUAAAAUAGUACAAAAAUAAAAAAUGUCCAGUAAUAUAUUAUCUGUCAUUAAUAUUAAUGUCACAGAAAGCGUUUGUUUUAAUUUUUUUUAGUAUGGUUUUGAAACGGCUGACAUAUUUUCAUUCAAUUCCAGACAAUAACCCUGCGACAUGAUUAUAAAACACUUAACGAUUAAUCAAAAUCAAAGCUCGACUAAAGUUGUUUUUAAUAAUUCCUUUUCUACGACUCACGCUAAGAACAAGGCAAAAAUUGUAGCUAUGGUCUGAAGUGAGUGAAUGAUUUUUUUUUUGUAAAUUGAAUGAAUUUAAAAUAUGUUUUUCCGUUAUACAUAGUAACAGUUUCAUUAUAUCUUAUAAAUAUCAAAGUAAGGAAAUGAGCUAUCAAAAUCAUUUGUACAAUAAAAGCGCACAGCCUUAUGUACUAUUGACCUUAUACCCCGUUUUGCCAACUCUAUAAAAUUGUUAAUAACUUUAAAUAUAGUUAGAUUUUUUUUUAAAUUAAUCACUAUAUUUUGAAUGGAAUUUAAUUUUUAUUAUAGAAAAUAAGAUUAAUUAUUUCAUCGGUGACUUUAUCACCUUACAAAUACGUAUAGUCACAUAGAAAAUAGGUACAAUGAAAACAAACGAAUUUUUAUACAAACAUUUAAUUUUAUGAUUUGACAGUUUUGUUUAGGUUUAAGUUAUAAUAAUUAUUGUGUACCUUAGUUUAGAAAUGUGUUACAUUAAAUCAUUUAGAAGCAAGCUGCCAAUGGUAAGACGCCUGAGAAUUUUUGCCAUGGAAAGAUGUAAACGGUUUUAUGUGAUUAUUUUUUAUAGUUUUGUUAAGAUGAUUUAUAUGCAAUCUGUACAACAAUAAAUAUUAUAUUUUUCUUUAUAUGUCAUCUAUUCCAAUUAAAAUCAUCAGGUCUGAUGCUACUGCACAAUUGUUUGAAAUAGUAGGUAAUUUAAUUGAAUAUCUAUCUGUAAAAACAGCACAACAGUCGUAUGUGCUAAUCGACAUAAAUAAAAUUGGCAAAAAUGACUCGUUUUUUUAUUAUAUUCGACAUCUAAUUUAAUUCUUUCGCAUAUAACUCAAUUCCCUUUAUAAUUGUUUUUAUAUUAUUUCAAAAGUAAAGAAACAUUCUUAAGCCAAA